AUGCAUGCCCCAUCUUUGCCUGCCGAUGCAUCCUCUAAAUUUGAUGAAUCUUGGCCAGCCAGUGAGCGUCCAUCUACGAUUGAAAGCCCUGCUGAUGCUCAGAAUGUGUCCUCUUCUUCAGCAGCUACCAGCCAUGCCCCUGUCUCUGGCGUUUCACUGUCCCCACAUGAUGUAAUUGGUACACAGGAACAUAUCUCAACUCAUGAAUCAGACAGUACAUUGGCCAGGUUCAUAGACCGGUUCCGUUACGGCGCUCCCCAGAGUAGAGAAGAGAGGGCGCGGCUUUCGGCUACCGGUAGCAAAGACUUUUGGUGGCUGUCGUCUUCAUCGUCAUCUCCACCGCUUCCAUCCCAUCAACCAUCAUCCUCGAUGUCUAGUCAAGCACCCAACAAGACCACACCCAUCCGAACCAGAUUAUCUCGGGGUGUAAAGGGGUUAGAAGGAUCUCAUAGGGGUGGAGCUGGUGGUGGAAGGGGUGCAUCGAGGAUACCCUCCUUGUCUGGAGUCUCAAAGAGUGGAGUCUCAUCUCUAGGUAGUGGUAGACGAGUGAGCGGUGUUUCAACACUCAGCUCUUCAUUGAGCAGUUCCAUGAAGAUGCCUUCUCCUGUGACUGAUAAGGAGACUGAUGAGAUUCAAAGAAGAGCUUAAAAACUUCUUGAAUUAAGUGAUAGGACUAUCCUCAGUGAGCCAGUCGUGAGUUCUGAUGGCAUUGGGUCAUUCUCUACUAGCUCACCAAUCAUAGAUGAUACACCGCCCUCUAGAGACAGUGAUGUGCACAACUCAAGAUAUCGUGACAAAGAGAACAUACCAAGGCCCCCGCUCUUCCCAGCCAAUCUCAAUUACACACAGCGCCCUCAACGCCCCGAGGAAGAUAUUCUGCAACAGUGGCGUAUGAGACGCAGGAUGGAGCAGGCCAAAGAGGGAGCACUUCAUAGAGUAUUGGGUCAAAUGUCAGAACGCCCUCUCAGGCCGACUCAGGUGGAUAAUGUCAGUGGAGGGAAAGAUAGAGAUGUAAGGAUUGAGUUUGUCAAACACAAACAUGGAAGAGAUGAGGAUUGA